GUCCAUUGAAGGUAGGAGCUUCUAGAAAUCGCAACCUUAUGUCCCUUUGGGAUAUCCAAGGCUUUAAGGAUAGUGCAGGAUGAAGUAACCCGUUCCAUAUCUCAAGGGGGCUGAAAGAGGGAGCAAGUAAAAGAAAACACGAGAGGCAGAGUAGCCAAUAUUCAUGAAGGAAUGUUUAAGGUAUUUGUUAAGAAAGAGCAUUUUAAUAGGUUAAAGAAAAUAAGCUUUAGCAAGGUGUGAGUGCCCAAGCAACACAAAAAGGGGAAAUAAAGGGGAAAUGUCGCUUUUUCGCCUUUACGUCGGUUAUUUAGGGGAAAUGUCGCUUUUUCCCCUUUACGUCGUGUAUUUGGGGGAAAUUUGUCGACAAUUCUAUGUAACGUACAGUAUUUGAAUGAACCGCUUGUGGAGCUUCAUUUUUCAUAUACUUCGACGAAUUAAGGCACCGCCUAAUAAAAAAACAAAACUAUUGUCAUAAAAACAAGGUACAAAAUACGGAACCAGGCAUUCGGUUCAUACGCAUAUAGACUGACUUCGUUUGUUGUUUAGCUAAAGUGUUUCGACAUGCUUGGGAGCCAUCACAAAAAACUUACGUGAUGCAGGUGAGUGACGUGCUCUCAGAUUUUUAUGUUCAUUGUAAUUAAUUACAUUGUUAGGCCAAUACUAAGAGUUCUGUUGAAGUCAGUGAGAAUGUUCGUAGACGUAGGGCCACUGUGAACUUGUCACGUUCCCUUGGCUGUCAUAGAUCCAUUUAUAACAGAAGGUGGAAUAAAAUGAGAGCUGCUUUCAUGAAAAAAUAUGACUUUCUUUCGUUCAGUGAGUUUGCUAAUGAAAGCACCUUAAAAGAAGUAAAGAGAGAAAUCACUUGUAAUGACAGUACUUCAGCUAUUACACCAUCGACUAGCAACAUCAAUCAAGGACUUUCAGAUAAUAGUGGUAUGUAUACUAAGUUCAUACGUGAAUAUAUAUAUUAUAGGAUCUCCUGAAGUGAACCUGUUCUCUCCAAAGUUCGUGAAUCGCAAAGAAAUGAUGAACGACUUGAUGAUGUAUCUAAUGUCAAAUACAUCUCUGAGCAUAAGGGAUGCUGAUCGGGUUCUGUAUGGUCUAAGAGUUUUUAUCCCUGACAUUCCGAAAAGCAUCAGAGGUGUCCUUCAGGGAUAGGCUUCAAAUUAGUGGUUUAACAAAUACUACCACAAUAGGCGCUAAUGAUGUCUCCAUGAAACAAGUAAUUAUGUUUAACAACAGCAGAAUAAGUUCAUAUAAACCGGAUAAUGUAGUAGUAGUUAACGGCCAGCCCGGUUUAGUUACUGACAUAAAGGAUGAUGGACUACUAAAAUUUAGGACUUUCAUUGACCCACGCAAUUACUUUGAAGAUCCUUUCCCAUCUAGUGAUAUUGGAAUCUUUAUGUGCUCCGUAGUUAGCCAUGAAUACACAUGGGUUUCAGUUAAGAACAUUGAUUGUAAAUGUAUAGCCAUCAAUUGUACCAAUUACAUAGUUGUAAUCCCAUUGUUGCAUACUUUAUUGUAAAUGCAUUUCGUUUCAUUAGUGUUUAAUUAGUGAUGAUAAACCAUUUACUUACGUCUUAUGUUCUUUUCAGCCCACUAACAAGAAAUACGUUAUUGUUGACGCCCUUAAAAAAAAACAACUUAUGAUAGCAUCAAAAAAAUGGAUAGUUGGCAAUGACCUUUGCGCUUUUCCGAAUGAGAUGGUCGAUAUACACCUUCAGAAGUGCGACCAACCUAAUGACAAUUGGUCACUUAUGAAGUGUAAGGUUAUUCAUGAAUUAGAAUCUCUGCAGUCUGCAAAAGAUCUGUUAGCUUCCCUGCAAAUACUGCAAUCUCACCUUGAAAACACUUCAACGGAUGAAAACACUCUGCCGCAUAACACUGAGAAGCCCAAGAGAGGUGUAAUGAAACGUAAAGAAGAUUUUCUUUACAAUUCAGUAGACAUGGAUGUGGCUGAGAUGCAGGCUGGGAAUAUCCGCGUACAAUAUCCCAAAUUUCGUGUUUUCGACAAAGUGAUAUCUCCAAUCGCCAAUUCAACACAAUUAGAGACAUCACCAUCGACAUCGGAAUGUAAGCAUGUUGGUGGCGCUGUAUUGGACCAGUUGUAUGCUGUGGUGCUGAAGAUGUCGUCAGCUAUCAAUGACUUGACUAAAACGAUUAACAACAUGUCGUCCGCCAUUACGAACUUGAAUGUUAAUGUUAACCAAUUGCUUUCAAAGUCUAAUGAGCGCGAAAGACCGCAUGAAUUCGAUUGCGGACUGUCAAGUCAGCAGUUCCCUUUGUCAUCUGAAGAGGAACUACAGAUGCUAGACACUGGUUUGUCGCAGAAAGAAACCAGGGACAGAUUUAUGGCAAUGGUCACUAGGUUAUCAGGUGACGAUCCAAAAACGUCCAUGCGUUUUAUUCUGUCGCAUCUGCUGACACCGGAGGUUGCCAGUAAAUUCACGUUACUUGGCACCUCUUCUAAACGAGCACUACAUAAAUGCACGUUUUACAGCUGCAUACGAAGUGCCUUAACUCAUCGUUUUUUGUCAUCCUCUGUAAAUGAGAAAGACCUUGGUAAGCUAUACGACAUAGCGACACAAGGUUACAUUCACGACCUCCGAGACAAGAUGAUUAAACGAAAUAGAAGAAAAGAAAAUCAAUUACAGUCAACAAUACUGACGAACAUAACAUAUGUCCAUGGACAUAUGUUGUAUAUACAACUGACAAAUGGAGGCGAUUCGGAAAAGAGCUGAG